GUAAUCGUGAGGCUAUUUGGUUGUGAGGUAGGAGAGAGGUGUGAAACGGCAUGACAUUGUUACCCCUUUCAUUAUAUGCGCAGCAAGAGGGCCUGCAACAACCACCUCCACCACCAAUGUUGCCCGAGGAGGAAGUGGGAGGAUGCAGCAGGACAUUUUUCUCCGCGCUGGUACAGCUCAUACCAUGUAGAGCAGCAGUUGCUCCUUUUAGCCCGAUCCCACCGACCGAGAUAUGUUGCUCUGCCGUUGUCACACUUGGUCGUCCUUGUCUUUGCCUCCUUGCCAAUGGACCUCCACUCUCUGGCAUUGACCGCUCCAUGGCUCUUCAGCUCCCUCAGAGAUGCUCUGCUAAUUUCCCUCCCUGCGAUAUCAUCAACUAGGAAGGACAUAUCAUCUUUCUUUUCUUUUCUUUUUUCAUUUACCUUUCUCUUUAAUAACCUUGCUGCUUAG